AGGGGGGGGAGGAGGAGGGGGGGAGAGAGAUUUGUGAAUGAAUGUGCAGAUCUGCACGCCAAAGUGCAACCCAAAAUUUAAAUAAAUAAAAAUUGUGAGGCGGUGACGUUUGCAGCCUUCAAUGCUGCGAAGAGGCAGCAGAUGCUUAUCGGCCGGCCGCCUCUGCCAGUGGUGCUCGGUGCAAAUCAUGGACGGGUUGUGCUGGGUGAUGCGUGAGGAGGAGAUGAAGCGAGGAGCCCGCUUGUGAGCUGCAUGCCACGGGAGUGGAGGUGACUUGAUGCGGAGAAGAGUAGCGCGUCUUCUGCCUCCUUAUCCUCAUCGUCCGUUCUUAUCUGGGAGCACAUCUGGCUCCACUCUAGGGAGGUGGCGUGAGGGCUGGGGUAAGGCAGGUUUGGGUCAGGAGAAAAGAGAGAGGACGGUGAAGAGUUGAAGAGGAGGAGGAGGAGAGAGGUGGCGGUGGUGAGGGGGGGUGGGGCCGCAGCACACGGGAGAGAUCGUUCCGUAUCAGGACUGUUUUAUUAGUGGGUGUGUAUGCAUGAGUUCUGCAUCGUACGGGCGCAAAAACCGCCCCAGACCGGCCGGGUCCAUCUUUCAGAUCGGCAAGCCCCUCUACCGAGACCCCCAGCGGCGGGAGAGCACCGAGAGCAGCCGCAGAGCCCUGCGCGCCGUGGUCGACUGCAGGAUGAUCGUGCAAGAGUUCAACACAUUGGUGGCGCUGUACCGAGAGCUGGUCAUUUCCAUUGGCGAGAUCACCGUCGACUGUCCCAACUUGAGGGCCGACAUGCUGAGGACUCGAACCAAAGGCUGCGAGAUAGCCAGGGCCGCACAUCACAGUCUCACAUUGAUUGCAGGGCCAGAGGAUGGCGAGAUUCACCCAGAGAUCUGUCGGCUCUUCAUCCAGCUCCAGUGCUGCUUGGAGAUGUACAUCACUGAGAUGCUCAAGUCAUUCUGCUUGCUGGGCUCCCUGCAGCUCCACAGAAAAGGCAAAGAUCCCUGUAGCCUUCCGUCAGUGGACAGAAAAGCCGACAAAAGCUCAGACGUCCCCAUCCUUGAGGACACCUCCUCCUCGCCCACCGACGGCCCCCCACCCGCAUGGCUGGUGGCCACGGACAUAGAAAACAUUGAAAAGGACAUGAGAGAAAUGAAGAACCUUCUCACUAAACUCAGGGAGACGAUGCCUUUACCACUAAAGAACCAAGACGACAGCAGUUUGCUGAACCUGUCUCCCUACCCGCUAAUCCAACAAAGGAAGAGACGCUUCUUUGGCCUCUGUUGCUUGGUAACCAGUUGAGGUAUCAACAACAACAAUAUCAAAAGACAACAUUGCCCUGUUCUGUCCUCCACUACUCUACUACUGCCAUUUUCAAACAAACAAAAUACUAGCAAGGCUGCCUAUUUUGGGGAUUUGUUUUGUUUCGUUUUGUUCUACAUGGAAUAAAUUGCAAUAUGUUGCCAUGGUUUUGAGGUCAAUGAAGUUGAGCCUGUAGUCCAUUGUUUAAUGUAAAAGACAAAACUCGUCCAUGGGCAAAACACCUAUAAUUUUAUUAUUAUGAAUUUUUUAACCCUCCCGUUAUGUCCUUUUUUAUAACUUUCAAAGGGAGCCACUGCAUGUUUAGGCAUUAAACAAAAUGCAAAAAAUGUUUAAUUAAAAGAAAUGAACAAAAAUACUGCUGUAGACCCAUUUUUGUUUUCUUUUUUUAUUUAGUCUUCCAUGAAAGGUAAACGUCUAUCAUAACUUUACAACUUCUAAGCGCAAUAUACUGUUUGAUACAACAGAGAAUUUUCUUUACACACACGCACACGCAUGUAGACUUGUACAUCCAGUUAUUUAUCCUGCCCUCUUAGUAAAUUCGCCUGUUUUUAGUUGGUGGAGCACUGGUAAGCACGUCCGUCUGACAGUGUAAAGGUGCUGGGUUCGAUUCCUGCUGUGGGCCUCCAGUGUCUUUGAAUGAAUGCUUGUUUGUCUAUGUGUGCCCUGCAAUUGGCUGGCAUGGCGCCACCUUGUGGACGAUGGUUGUUAUAUUUCCGGCCCAUUGGACGUACAGUUCGGUACAUGAGGAUGAUGUAGAUCAUUUUACAUUAUCAAUAAAACCUUUUUUUUAAUGAAAA